AUGCAUUUUCCCUUUUCAUUCAGUGAUGGAACAGUGACUUCUGCCCCACUCAUUGAGGAGAUAGAUGAUAAAAUUGCAUCCUACGAUCAGACCCACAUCAAGCAGAAAAGAACUGAAGCAGUCCUGCAGAGAGUCAAAGAUCAGCACAAAACCAGCAUGAAGAACAAGUUUGGCUUCUUAUUUGAGGGAAACAAACUACAAGAGAAUGAAACCCUCUUGAACAGGAUCUACACACAGCUCUACAUCAUAGAAGGAGAGAGAGAAGGAGUGAAUGAAGAACAUGAGGUUUUACAGAUGGAGAAAACAUCCAGAACACAACACUCACAACAAAAUCCAAUAAACUGUAAUGACAUCUUCAAAGCCUUAUCUAAACCAGGAUAUGAUGAGAAAGACAAAAUCAAGACUGUUCUUACUAAAGGCAUCGCUGGAAUUGGAAAAACUGUCUCUGUGCAGAAGUUCAUUCUAGACUGGGCAGAGGGAGAAGCCAAUCAGGAUGUAGAUUUCAUGUUUGUGCUUUCAUUUCGAGAGCUGAACUUGAUUCAAGAUCAUCAGUACAGUCUUCACAGACUUUUGCUUGACUUCCAUCCUGAGCUUCAAGAUCUGGACUCAAAGAUUUAUGAGGAGUGUAAAGUUGUGUUGAUUCUAGAUGGUCUGGAUGAAAGCAGAAUGUCACUGUUUUCAGAUGAUGAGAAAGUUUGUGAUGUGAAUGAGUCUUCAUCAGUGGGUGUGUUGAUGUCAAACCUUAUCAGAGGAGAUCUGCUUCCCUCUGCUCUCAUCUGGAUCACCUCCAGACCAGCAGCAUCCAAUCAGAUCCCCUCCAAAUACAUCAACCGUGUGACAGAAAUUCAAGGUUUCAAUGACCCUCAGAAAGAGGAAUAUUUCAGGAAAAGAAUCAGUGAUGAGCAUCAAGCCAGCAGAAUCAUCUCACACAUCAGAAGAGCAAGAAGCCUCCACAUCAUGUGCCACAUCCCCGUCUUCUGCUGGAUCUCAUCCACUGUGAUUGAGAAGCUCCUGAAAGAUGAUCUGAGUGCAGAAAUCCCUCAAACUUUUACUGAAAUGUACAUCCACUUUCUGAUGAUUCAGAUGAGCAAGUAUGAAGAGAGAGAUCCACAGAAACUCCUAAAGACCAAAAAUGAAGAGAUUGUGAAACUUGCUGAAGUGGCUUUCAAGCAGCUGAUGAAGGGCAAUGUGAUGUUCUAUGAGGAGGACCUGAGAGAGAGCGACUUAGACAUCACUGAUGCGUAUUGUGGUAUUUGUACUGAGAUCUUUAAGGAAGAAUCAGUGAUUCAUCAGAGAAAAGUCUACUGCUUCAUUCAUCUGAGUGUUCAGGAGUUUCUCGCUGCUUUCUAUGUGUUUUACUGCUAUUUAAGCAGCACCAUGGAAGCCCUUAAGACCUUUGAUUCAAUGCACAAUUUGCAUAAAGGUGCAAUAGAUAAAGCCUUAGAAAGUAAAAAUGGGCAUCUGGAUCUGUUCCUGCGGUUCCUGCUUGGCAUCUCACUGGAGUCCAAUCAGAGACUCUUACAGGAUCUACUGACAAACACAGAGGACAGCUCAGAGAGCAUCAGGAGAACCACACAGUAUAUUAAAGAGAAGAUUGAAGAUGAAAAUGGACUCUUCACUGAAAGAUCUAUCAAUCUGUUCCUCUGUCUGCUGGAAGUCAAAGAUCAGACUCUGUCCAGAGAGAUUCAGGAGUUUGUGAAAUCAGAGAAACUCAAAAAAAAAAAACUCUCUCCAUCUCACUGCUCAGCAAUCGCCUACAUGUUUCAGAUAUCAGAGGAGGUGCUAGAUGAGCUGGAUCUCAAGAAAUACAACACAUCAGAUGAGGGCAGAAGAAGACUGGUACCAGCUGUGAUCAACUGCAGAAAAGCUCUUCUUGCUGGCUGUAAUCUCACUGGUCAAUCCUCUGAAAUUGUGUCAUCAGCUUUACAAUCCUCAAACUCUGUCCUGAGAGAGCUGGACCUGAGUAACAAUGACCUGCAGGAUUCAGGAGUGAAGCUACUCUCUGAUGGGCUGAAGAGUCCAAAAUGUCAGCUUAAGAUAUUAAGGUUGUCUGGCUGUAUGGUGACAGAGGAAGGCUGUCAUUAUCUGUCUUCAGCUCUGAGUUCAAACCCCUCACACCUGAGAGAGCUGGAUCUGAGCUACAAUCACGUAGGACAAGCAGGAGUCCAGCUGCUUUCUGACAAACUGAAGGAUCAAAACUGCUCACUAAAAAUACUCAAGUAUGUUGGUGUGUGCGUGUGUGUGUGUGUGUGUGUGUGUGUGUGUCAUUGUAGUUUGGACCAUGGCGAGCAUUUCAGGAUCCGACCAGGUCUACAGAAAUAUUUCUGUGAUCUCACACUGGAUCCAAACACAGCAAACACUCAACUCAUUCUGUCUGAGAACGGAGAGGUGAAAUAUGUGGAACAGCCGCAGUCGUAUCCUGAUCAUCCAGAGAGAUUUAAAGAUAUUCCUCAGGUUCUGUGUCGAGAGAGUCUGACUGGACGUCAUUACUGGGAGGUUGAGUGGACUGGCUGGGCUCGUAUAGCAGUGGCCUACAAAACAAUCAGCAGAGAAGGGACUGUAGGUAAGUUUGGAUACAAUAACAAGUCCUGGUGUCUCUUCUGCCUUAAUGAUGGAUUUGUUGUCUGGCACAACAAUGUGAACAAAAACAUUCCUGCUCCUUCACCCUUCUCUGAAAGAGUAGGAGUGUAUCUGGACUGGCCGGCCGGCAUUCUGUCCUUCUACAGCAUCUCUGACACACACACACUCACACACUUACACACAUUCAACACCACAUUCACUGAACCCCUCUAUGCUGGAUUUAAGGUUUUUGACUCCUCACUCUCACUUUGUAAGAUUACACAACAGACAAACUACUGA